AUGAGUAGGAGUUUCCUGCAUGUUUUUCGUGCUGAUGCUGCAGUAGAUAUGUGAAAGUUUCGCUCAUGUGUUUGCUUUUCCUUGUAUAAAAUUGUUGUUGGCUGUUUUGCAAUCAUGAAGACAAGGUUUGCCACUGUGGAUAUCAGGGCAGUUAUUGCCGAAAUAAAUGCCAACUACAUGGGCAUGAGAGUCAACAACGUAUAUGACAUCGACAAUAAGACGUACCUCAUCCGUCUGCAAAAGCCUGACAGUAAAGCUGUCCUACUCAUUGAGUCUGGGACUCGGAUUCACUCUACGGACUUUGAAUGGCCUAAGAACAUGAUGCCUUCAGGCUUUGCAAUGAAAUGUCGUAAGCAUCUGAGGACGCGGCGGUUGACCCAAGUUAAGCAGCUUGGGAUUGACAGGAUUGUUGACAUCCAGUUCGGGUCAGACGAGGCCGCCUACCACUUGAUCGUUGAACUGUAUGACCGGGGUAACAUCAUUCUGGCAGACCACGAGUACACCAUCCUCAACCUGCUGAGGUUUCGUACGGCAGAGGCAGAAGAUGUAAAGAUCGCUGUGAGAGAGCGGUACCCUGUGGAGAGCGCACGCCCCCCUGAACCUCUAAUAAGCUUAGAGAGACUCACAGAAAUCCUCAGCAAAGCACAAAAUGGAGAUCAGGUGAAAAGGGUCCUGAACCCUCACCUUCCCUACGGAGCCACGCUGAUAGAGCACAGUUUAAUUGAGGCAGGCCUGCCAGGCUCUCUUAAAGUUGACCAACAAGCGGAUGCUUCUCAAGUUGCACCAAAAAUUCUGGAAGCGCUGCAGAUUGCAGAAACAUACAUGGAAAAAACAGAGAACUAUUCAGGAAAAGGCUACAUCAUUCAAAAGGGUGAGAAGAAACCAAGCUUAACUCCUGGCAAACCCAGUGAAGAGCUCCUCACAUAUGAUGAAUUUCAUCCAUUCCUCUUUGCCCAGCAUGAAAAGAGCCCCUAUCUGGAGUUUGAUUCUUUUGACAAGGCUGUGGAUGAGUUCUUUUCUAAGAUGGAGAGCCAGAAGAUCGACAUGAAGGCCCUGCAGCAGGAAAAACAGGCUCUGAAGAAGCUGGAAAAUGUUAAAAGGGACCACGAGCAGAGACUGGAAGCCUUGCACCAAGCACAGGAGGUGGACAGGAUAAAAGGUGAGUUGGUGGAGAUGAACCUCCCCAUCGUGGAGAGAGCGCUGCAGGUAGUGCGAAGCGCGUUAGCCAAUCAGGUGGACUGGACCGAGAUCGGCAUUAUUGUCAAAGAAGCUCAAGCUGCCGGAGACCCUGUGGCCUGCGCCAUCAAGGAGCUGAAACUGCAAACCAACCACAUCACUAUGCUAUUGAAGAAUCCGUAUAUUUCAGAGGAAGAAAUCGAGGAGGAGGAGCAGAAAAACGGGGAAGAGGAAAAAGGAAAAAAGAACAAAAACAAAGAUAAAGGGCAGAACAAGAAAUUGCAAAAGAACAAACCCAUUUUGGUGGAUGUGGACCUCGGCCUGUCAGCUUAUGCAAAUGCCAAAAAGUACUACGACUUCAAACGCAGUGCUGAAAAGAAAGAACAUAAAACAAUUGAAGCUGCAGAUAAGGCCAUGAAAUCUGCAGAGAAAAAAACCCAGAAAACACUAAAAGAAGUCCAGACUGUGACCACCAUUCAGAAGGCCAGAAAAGUCUACUGGUUUGAGAAGUUCCUGUGGUUCAUCAGCUCUGAGAAUUAUCUCGUCAUUGCAGGAAGAGAUCAGCAGCAGAACGAGAUGAUAGUUAAACGCUACCUCAGAGCAGGUGAUGUUUAUGUUCAUGCUGACCUUCAUGGAGCGACUAGUUGUGUCAUCAAAAACCCCUCAGGCGACCCCAUCCCUCCUCGUACCCUGACAGAGGCAGGAACCAUGGCGGUGUGCUACAGCGCUGCUUGGGAUGCCAAGAUCAUCACCAGUGCCUGGUGGGUUCAUCAUCAUCAGGUGUCCAAGACAGCUCCAACUGGGGAGUACCUGACCACUGGGAGUUUCAUGAUCAGAGGGAAGAAAAACUUUCUGCCUCCAUCGUACUUGAUUAUGGGCUUUGGAUUCCUCUUCAAGGUCGAUGAUGAGAGUGUGUUGAGGCACAAAGGGGAGAGGAAGGUGAAGACCGUGGAGGACGACAUGGAGGAGGUGACAUCCACAACUUCUGAGCUGCUAGAGGAGGGAGAGGAGCUCACAGCAGGUGAUGACAGCAGUGAUGAAGAUCAGGGGGACAAAAGAGCAGCAGGAGAUGGAGAGGAGGAUAAGAAGAGUGAAAAGGUGCAGGAGGAGGAGGGUGGGAGUGGAGAACUGGCUGCUGUUCCUGAGGAGGAAAACGUGGAUUCAGAGGAAGACAUCAAGGAGGAAGAGGAGAUAAAGAAAGAAGAGAGUGAAGAGUUCAGCUUCCCAGAUACGACCAUCUCCCUCUCACAUUUACAGCCCAGCAGGAACACCCUUAACCCUGGCUUCAAAAAGGAAGUGACCACACAGGUUGAAGUAGACUUACAGGUGAAGAAGCACAUGACUGCCAAGCAAAGAAGAGAAGAGAAAAAGAAGAAGCAGAAACAGGAAGGCUGUGACUCUGAGGAGAAAACUGAGAAUUUCUCAGGUGGAUCAGCAGCUGAUCAGGGAUCCAAAGGUGGAGGAGGCCCCUCCCAGCAGCCUCUGAAGAGAGGUCAGAAGAACAAGUUAAAGAAGAUCAAAGAGAAGUACAAGGACCAGGAUGAGGAGGACAGGGAGCUGAUGAUGCAGCUGCUUGGGUCGGCUGGUUCUACAAAAGAUGAGAAGGGGAAGAAAGGAAAGAAGGGGAAAGGGAAAGAUGAACCAGUAAGGAAACCACCUCCUCAGAAACAGGCGCAGAAACCUCGUCCUGGGGAGGGUGCAGCGAAGAAACCAGAGCGAACAGGAGGAGGAGAGGAGAAUGAGGAGAAACAGCCUGGAGAGGAGGGGGAACUGGCCGAACAGGAGGACAAAGAAGAAGAUGUGGACCAGGACAACCCUGGAGCAGAGGAAGCAGAGAACCUGCUCAACUCUCUGACAGGCCAGCCUCACUCUGAAGAUGUGCUGCUGUUCGCUGUGCCCGUCUGUGCUCCGUACACUGCCCUUUCCAACUACAAACACAAGGUGAAACUGACACCUGGUACUCAGAAGAAAGGCAAAGCUGCACGCACUGCUGUUCUCAGCUUUACAAAAACCAAAGACACCUCAACCAGAGAAAAAGACUUGUUCCGCAGCGUCAAGGACACUGAUCUAUCUAGAAACAUGCCGGGCAAAGUUAAAGUGUCUGCUCCAAAUCUGCUUGCUGCCAAGAAGAAAUGAGAAACGGCUGAAUGAAGAGCUCAAAAGAAUAAUGUAAAGUUUCAGUUUUUCAUUAGCAAAGAGCUGCUAUUCAGUGGAACAUUAAACAUCAUCAUUAAAACAAAGUUAUUAACGAAUCAGAGCACAGCUCUCCUGUGUGAUCAUGAGUAAUUUUAUUCAAAAAGCUGAUGGUAUUUGUUGACUAUUUGGUAAAAUAAAACCUUGUAAAUAAACAAAUCUGACCAAACCAUGA